GUGGAUUGGUGGUGUAGCGAAGCUGUUGUGUGUUGACGGAUCUCUUGUGCUGCGGGAAAUUAUGUGUUGUGGUUGGAUGCUCGGUGCUAUGGCUACUGUGCUCACAGUGAAGUGAAGAAUUUUUACCCAAGUGUUGUUAAAAAAUAAAUCUUUGUACGGAGUUAACAAGCAAAGAUGUCAGCGUGCGUGAGAAAGUGCUUGAAGUAAAGAUUUUACCAUAUUGAUAAGUCAUUCUGCAAGUCAGUCAGCCUCGGUGAAAUGCAUCCCUAGGUGGUGUGAUCAAGAAGCAGCGAAAACUAAGUCACCUCGAUUUCGCACCAUCAAGGCGAAAGAUGAACGCACUGGCGCAAAGUAUUAGUCCAAUACAGUCGACGCUAGGGCGUUUGCAGGACCACGACUCUACCGGUGCGUCCUCGUCGUCCAACCGGGCGGGUGUGGCCUCAACCUCAACAGCGGCCGCACUGAUACUCUCUGUCAGCGGGGGUGACAAUCGAACGAGCGCCAGCACAACCCUCGUCGUCGGUACGGCCACCGUCGGGGAAUCGCAGCACACCAACGAUUUCCUGUCCACGUCGCUGUCCUCCCCGGUGGCUUCGUCCGUGGCCGCCAAUUAUCUUCUCCACCAGCAUCAUCUUCACCAGCAACAUCAGCUCGAUCAGCAGCAGCAGCAGCAACAGCACCAGCAGCAGCACCAGCAACAUCAGAUUCACUCGCAGCACAAUCUGGACAAUCGUAGCUCGGGUGCGCUACCAGCGUCCACCAGUGACGGAGGCUCUACUACCGGCAGCAAUAGUGUUGUCUCGAACGGGUCCACAACUUCACUGUCCCACGGCAAUGGCAAGCAGCAGCAGCAGCAGCGCAAUGGAAGCAGCAACAGCAGUAGUAACAACCAGCCUGCCAUCUCAUCCUCACCCGAACCAGCUGGAUCGCUCACGAACGCAUCGCUAACGCAUGUGACGCAUCCGUUUCACACGACCAACUCAUCGUCCACGGCCCUGACAAACGAUUUUUAUCCGGACUAUCGGAUCGGGUCCGGGUAUCGGCUCAAUUCGCACCACCAUCACCAUCACCACCAUCACCACCAUCCGCACCACCAUCCUGGGCCACAUCCACGGGACCUGACCGCAUCACCGCCGGCCACCAUCGCCGGCCAUCUUCCCUGGGCACCGACGACGGCAGCAGCAGCAGCAGCGGCAGCAGCCGCCGGUACCUUCAUACAGGACAGUUGUGAUAGUUACGGAUUGCGCCACGAACACGGGACAAAGGGCAUACGCAACGAACGGUCGGCAUUUUUCGAUUUCGCGACUACUCCUGCUACGGCACAUCCGGCCGCCUACUGCUACCGUCUGUCCACACCUCCCCAGCUAGUGAAGCGCGAACCGAACGAUGUAUCGGCGGCCGCUGCCUGGCAUUCCUACUCGGAGCGCAUGUUUUCCGACCCACUGUACACCUCGCUCAAGCUGCAGACCGCUCAGCAGUCGUCCCCGCCCCAGCUAGUACCGCAGCACUCCAUCUUUCCCGACUCGACGUCCCAUCUGGCGUCGGCAGCGGUAGCGGCGGCCGCAUCCCUCGAACAUCACCAACACUCGCUCGCGGCCAUCGGCACGCACGGUGUGCAGCAGGGUGAUGGUGGCCACGCGACCGAUCCCUUUCUUCAUCAGUCCAGCGUCGGUGGAGGCUACCCGUACCGUCAGCCGGCGGACAUCGUUACCUCCAGCGAGACCGACUACUGUACCGGACCCGGUGGAACGUCCGCUUCGAUCGCCAGCAUCACCACAACUACGAACCCAUCUCCGUUGGGCGCUCUGCAGCCGAAUGGCUCAAAUGGGACGCUCCACCAACGGCGCGGUUCACUGCAGCUGUGGCAAUUCUUGGUGGCUCUGCUCGAUGAACCUUCAUCCAGCGCCGGUUGCAUCGCGUGGACGGGUCGCGGGAUGGAGUUCAAACUGGUCGAACCGGAGGAAGUUGCCCGCCGGUGGGGCAUUCAGAAGAACCGACCCGCCAUGAACUACGAUAAGCUGUCGCGCAGUCUUCGCUACUACUACGAGAAGGGCAUCAUGCAGAAGGUGGCCGGCGAGCGGUACGUGUACAAGUUCGUGUGCGAUCCGGAAGCACUCUUCAACAUGGCGUACGGGACGUCCGGAGCACAAUCCAGCCAAUCGUGCAGCGGUGGCUCCGGGAUGGAUGGUUCCCUCGGUGGUACGCACGGUGGCCAUCACGGUGGCCCUAAUGGGACGUCCUCCUCCUCGCCCAGCUGUCACAAUGCGGGUCCCGGUGGGCAACUGGUGGGCAGCGACGGAGCGGACGAUGUGGAUCGAAAUCCUUACUUCAACGGAAGCUCGGCGGUGUACAACCAAAGCGGCUGAAGCUGGUGCUAGCAAGAAGAGGGCGGUAGGAGAAACGGCCCCAGCGCCAACUCUAUCUACACACUAUGGUUUGCUCAAAUGUAAGAAGGCCGGAGAGUGCUGUGCUGUACCGCGUCUUCCGUGAAGAGGCACAACACGUAGAAGCUUCCUGAAUCUGUGUGACCAUCUAUCGCGGCGGGGAUGGAUUUGUUUUACCGAAUGAAAAGCAAUAAAGAGUAUUUAACAGCUUA